AUUUUUCAUUCGUUUGCAUGUCUUUCUUUCAAUGCUCACAUCGAUUCUAUUGAUUUAUCUCGAAUAAGAUUGAUAGGUUAAUCUUGUACUACGGUAUUAUAGUGGUUCUUCUAACAUAGUUUCAAAAAUCAUUCGAUAAAUAGAGCAAAAAAAAAGAUCAAAAAACAGUAUAUUUGAUUCAUCUAUAAAUUAGUUUAUUUUCUCUGCCUACAUUUCUUUUCACAGUUAGAUAGUUAAUCAUUUCAUUAAAUAUAAAUAGGUUUUUCUUGAAAAUUUAAGGAUCAAUCUACUUUUAAAAAGAAUUUAAUUUAAAGUCUAAAUUUAAUUCCAUUGGCACCUUGAGUAAUGUCUAGUGUCGACAAGAAGAGAUGAGAGCAAAAAGGAGUAUUUUCGAAGAAUGUAGUCCACGGCAAGAGCGGUCUCGGGCCGACAUAAUGUAAAGUUUUGUCUUUAAUGAAAAAUGUUGCCAUUUUCAACCAAUUUUCUCAUAAACGUCAAAUUUUUUCACAUGUUAAUCAGUUUCUAGAUAAAUUCUAAAUGAUGUCAUGAGUAAUAGGCAUUGAUGUUGAAAAUCCGAAUAGCUUUUUGAUGAUACGUCAAAUCGUUAUAGCAGAAACGUUUUUGAAUGACGACAGUAGCAGCUCCCGAGCAUACGAUCUCGUAUCAAGCUUUGGAAAAAUCAGCUAGCGAGCUGUGGAUUAACAUAUCAGCUAUUCAAUAGUUACCUACAGAAAUAUGUUAAUAUAAAGUUACCUAAUGUUGUCUUUUUUUACAUAGUUCUAUUCAGAUUCAAAACCAAAUAAAAAUCAGAUCUGAAUUUCAUCUACACAUGAGCCUGAUCUGAACUCAGAUCUCGAAAGAUUCGCAGCUCUCUAGUAAUAAAAUUCACAAGGUUACGAAUCGUAGUAAGAUGCAGAUCGAGUUUUCUGCCAAAUUGGACAAGCCCUGCGAUGAAUUUUUUCAAAGAAGGGAGAAGUUACCUUUCCGAUCGCUAUCUUGCGUUAGCACCGCCAAUAUUAAUUUUAUUUUCUAGAGUGAUUAUCUGGAACUAAAAUUAUUUACUAAUUCAACAGAUGAUGAACAAUAUGUUAAUGAUGAACGACAAUGUUUAAUCAAAAUGUUUGCUUUAACAUGUCUUCAAUUAACAAUUAAAUAUGCAACUAAGUCAGGAAAGAUAACAUUAGCACAAAAAUUUAUUGAUGAAUUAGUUGAACAAGGAAAAGAUUAA